UUCCUCCUCCGCGUCUGCGGCCGCCGCACUGGUCCCUGGCAAAGCCGCAGCCACCCACGAGGGCACAGGCAGGGCGCUCCGUACGGCUGGUCUGGCAGGUGUAGGGCGCCGGUAGGAGCUGGGCGCGCACGGUUACCGAGCGUGGAGGAGACACUGCCCUGCGGCGAUGGGUGCCAGGGGCGCUCCUUCACGCCGGAGGCAGGCGGGGCGGCGGCUGCGGUACCUGCCUACCGGGAGCUUUCCCUUUCUUCUCCUCCUGCUGCUCCUGUGCAUCCAGCUCGGGGGAGGACAGAAGAAAAAGGAGAAUCUUUUAGCUGAAAAGGUAGAACAACUGAUGGAAUGGAGUUCCAGGCGCUCAAUCUUCCGAAUGAAUGGCGACAAGUUCCGAAAAUUUAUAAAGGCGCCGCCUCGAAACUAUUCUAUGAUCGUCAUGUUCACGGCCCUUCAGCCUCAGCGGCAGUGUUCGGUGUGCAGGCAGGCUAAUGAGGAGUACCAGAUCCUGGCCAACUCCUGGCGCUACUCAUCCGCCUUCUGUAACAGACUCUUCUUCAGCAUGGUGGACUAUGACGAGGGCACGGAUGUUUUCCAGCAGCUCAACAUGAACUCUGCUCCGACAUUCAUGCAUUUUCCUCCCAAAGGCAGACCUAAGAGAGCUGAUACGUUUGACCUUCAAAGAAUCGGAUUUGCCGCUGAACAGCUAGCGAAGUGGAUUGCUGACAGGACGGAUGUUCAUAUUCGCGUGUUCAGACCACCGAAUUACUCCGGCACCAUCGCCCUCGCCCUGCUGGUGUCUCUGGUUGGUGGUUUGCUCUAUUUAAGGAGGAACAACUUGGAGUUCAUCUACAACAAGACUGGUUGGGCCAUGGUAUCCCUGUGUAUAGUCUUUGCUAUGACUUCGGGUCAGAUGUGGAAUCAUAUCCGCGGACCUCCGUAUGCUCAUAAGAACCCGCACAAUGGACAAGUGAGCUACAUCCACGGGAGCAGCCAGGCUCAGUUCGUGGCUGAGUCGCACAUCAUUCUGGUGCUGAAUGCCGCCAUCACCAUGGGGAUGGUUCUUCUAAAUGAGGCAGCAACGUCCAAAGGAGAUGUUGGGAAAAGACGGAUAAUUUGCCUAGUGGGGUUAGGCCUGGUGGUGUUCUUCUUCAGUUUUCUACUUUCAAUAUUUCGUUCCAAGUACCACGGCUAUCCUUACAGCUUUUUAAUUAAAUGAAGCCAGUGGGAUUUCCAUGCAGUGAAAGUUUACCAUGAAGAUAACGUGUUCAUGACAUACUAUGAAUUCUUCAGUUCGUUCCCAUGUAGAUUGUGAUAUUCUAGCUUAUUCUUGUAUAAUUUUUUAAGUGUGAGAUUUCCUAGUAAUUUAUAGAAAUGGAUGGUGAAAUCUAAUGUUAUCACAGGAAAGAACAAAGGAAACCAUGUGUUUUCAAGCAUUAUCAUAUUCAGUGUGUGCUGUAGGAUUGAAAUAAAUGACAGUGUAUCAAUUCCUGCUUUAGAACUGUUCACUUACUAGUAAAGAAAACCACCGUGUUAGUAAGGGAAAACUAAGAAAUGUAUGUUAAUAAAUCCUAGGGCUGUACAGAGAUAGUGUAUAUGCAUGAAACUAUGUCAUGUUCUCAGAAAUUGUAUUUAUUGCGGUUUCAGUGUAAAGGGUGUGUAUGGUCACAUACAGUGUUUUGUUCUUACAAAUAAUAACUACAGAAAGGUGUAUAGGACAGGACACUGGAUAAACAGUACCUGCGACUUGGAUGCCUCACCAGGGAAAGGGAGAUUUUUUCCCAGUUUAUAAAUCUAAAGCGAAGGUGACUAAGCCAACGUGCCACUGAGGCAUCAGACAACGGAAGCAGUGCCCCGGGACUGGGAGUUAAUUCCUCUUCAGCUUUGGAAGUGCCACCCUGGAAUCCAGACUUGUCACCCCAAAACUAGUGCACCAAGGCCCUUUUCUCCUGGCGUGGUGUGGAAGCAGCUGGCCAUUCCCGGUACGAGGGGGGAAUGAAGCCUUUCUGACACCAAAUAUAGGAGUGACCAUUACGAUGUUUGCAUAUUCUGUUUCUUGCUUAUAGAGCACCUUCGCAUAUGUUAUUUUUUUCAACAAUUCUGUAAAUUAGACAGGAAAUGUAAAUUUUGUUGGACAUAUUAAGUAUUUACAAGCUGAAUGCCAAAAAAUUUAAAAACGGCUCGUAGCUAGGCUUUUACACUCGCAAACCUGAGUUUUCAUUCCUGUGGUGCUACCCAAAGAAGGAACAAGAAACAGUGAGUUCAGUAAGCUUUUUGUUUUUCCUCCUAAAGCUUUGUUACCUAAUUUUCGUUAGGAUCCAAAUACUAGACCAAGAACAAAUUCAGCAGCUGUAUCCUCCAAGAGGAGGAGCCAGUGCACACCCACUGCACACCCUCACUCUGCACCCGGGAAGUUCAGUUAGGAAUGGAGACUGAAGGCCCACCCGGCAGAGUGCGUCACGGCCCAGGGAAACGUGCGUGCUUGCGGGGUGGAACCUCUCUUCCCAAACAUGGUGAUACUCAGCAGGGAAGGCUACUGAAAAUUCGGAAAUAUGUUAAACUUCUCUAUCUCCAGAUCUGUCGUUAAAAAUCAUUAUUCCCCCUAAUUCCUAUUCAAAAAUUAAUAUUUACUAUUGGAAUGGCAUUUAUGGAAGAGCAAUGAGCGAUCUCAGCCAUUUGUUUAAUGCCUGUCCCCUAGGUAGCAUUUGACCCAUAAAUCUUAAUCUAUGGAGUCUUUUUCCCAUGUCCUAAAGUCCAUUCAGAACAGACAUUGCCAUUGGAGUUUGGGGCCAAAUCCUACAAAUAAUAAGCAUAUGUUUAUCAAUUAUAAUUACUCGUGUUUGUCCUCUUAAAGCUCAAAGUUUGUAUCUUCCGGUUUGUAUACAAUUGACCAAGUGAUAUUAACACGUUUGCUCUCCCUAUAAAGCUUAAUAGUGUGUAGUUGUGAACACAGUCGGCUCUCAGACAUCGUGACCCAGGGAAAAGGGACUUCCCUAUUCCAUGUUAGGAAAAGGUUUGUAGCCUAAAUGAUAUAAUUUUCUCUGAAUAUUAAAUAUCUGCCACUAUCAAAACAAUGAUUUCAGAAUUCUAUAGUUUAAAAAGCUAUUGAUUCUUUGUAGUCAGUGGUUAUGUUAGGGAAGUGAUUCCAGAGGGAAAUAAACUGCCUCCAGAUUAGUUGCUGGUAAGUUCUAUCGGAAAAACUCCAAAACACAUGUGGGCUUAUAUGUAUAUAGUCAGUCAGUUUUUGAAUGCAAUGCACAAAAUCUCAUACAUGAUGUAUGACAUCUUUACUUUCGCCAAACAGUUUAAAUAGAAAAAUUCAUUUAUAUCUGAUGUUAUAUCCUCCAAAGUCACUUUUCAACCAGAUUCACUAUAGUAAAGACUCCCUUAAAAACUGAUUGUAUGUUUAGUUUUAAAAAAUUACUUUCCUACUAAGUUGGAGAGAAAAGUCCUAAUAUGAACUUCCAUCAAAAGGAGUUUCAUUUUACACUAACAUCUGAUCAAUAACAUGUUGCUUUUUGCCAAGCACACUGUUCCUCGCGUUAGGUGUUCACUUGAGUAAGCCCAGCAGUGUCCUUAUGUUUACUGUCAUUUUCUUCUGCAUGUAAAGUAAUAUCCCUUGUGAGCAAGCAUGGUGAUUUGGAGAGAUUAGAUUUUGUCACCAUAGAGACUGACAAGUAUUUCUUGCUAUUACGGGAACCAUCCUAAGUUGCAUGAAGAGAGUGGUUAUUCUAAUCGAGGCAUGACAUACUGUUUUACAAUCAGUGAAGUUAAACACUGUGUUUUAAGAAGGACUCGUGAUACACAUUACGUGUAUCAAGGGGUGAACACAUUAGCUAGAGCAUCCAGGGACAAAGCAUUUGAAUGAGUUCUUUGAGACUUAAUGUUCCUCCAAGUCCACAGAGCUCACUAAGUUUAAAAUAUGAAAACAAUGUUUUUCAUUCUCUAACAAGAAGCUGUACUUGGUCAGACCAAUAAUAUAGCUUAUAGUAUUUUUUCUAAUAGUAAGAAAAGGGUAACAAAGUAGCUGAUCACACUCAAAGAAUACUAGUAUGUGCAUAUUAGCCCCUAAAUUAUCUUAUUUAAUUUAUGAGCAUCUAACAUAGGAAUUUUGUAUACUCCUUUUAUUAGUCUUUAAAUGCCUGAAAUAUACAGAUGUUUAUAUCAUGUAAUUAGAGAGUUCUAAGUAUUUAUACAGUUUUAAUAAAGCAUCACACAUUCAGACUAUAAUAGGAAAAUGUGACAUUCACCUAAAUGUUGGUGUAUGUAAAUUAGGCAUAUAUGUCAAUGAAAAUGGUAGAGUGAGGAACUAUAGGGACUCACUCCCACCUUACAAACACUAGGCAGUGGGGGAAGCCUAGCCAAAACUGUCAGAAUAAAUUUUGUUGAAAGUCUGGAAAAUAGUACAAAGUUUACAGGAACCAAGUGAAUGCUUCAGCCAUAGAAAGGCAACUGAAACCCCAUAGUACAACUUAAUGGCAUUGCAUCUAACUCUUUCCAUCCCCUGCUCCCUGGCCAGCAGUGGUUUUGAGAACCGGCAGUCUGUACUACUGGUGCGAGUGUGUAGUUCUAGGGGGAGCCAGGUGGACCUCGUGCCCCUGGGAUCCUGUUUGCCCUGACCUGCCUGGAGAUUCCCAGUAGGACUGAUGCACGGGGCCUGCCUUUGUCUCACCUAACUCAGGAAGAUGGGAGAGUGGCUGUGCAGAGGGGCAUUUCUCGAAAACAUCAGCAGGUCAAAGAGCACGCUGCUGACUGGGGCAAAAGGGCAGUUGGGACAGACAGUUGGGACACAGGCGACUAAGACCUGGGAGGAAAGCUGUGCAGUGAAAUACUUUGGAAAGUAAGGGCUUUGGAAAGCUCCCACAUGUUCCAAGGAAUCUAGAAGGACAUGCCCACACACCCAGGGCAGGGCGCAUACUCAGGAAGACCUGAGAAGACCCUAAGCUUUUACCGCCUCGCCGACCUUUAGACCCAGCCCACACAGGAAGUGCAGGCUGGGGCAGUGUUGUAAACACUGUGGCUACGUGUUGAAGGAGCGCUCCGCACCACACCAAUCAGGAAAGACCGGGAGAGGGCUUUCUUUUGUUUUAUUUUUCUUUUUAUAUCCAGGCAUUUAAGGAAAGUUCUGUCAGACCACUCAGUGCCCACUAGAAUAAUGAUGAAACUUUAUAGAUUACGCAUGGCAAAUAAUGGUUUUUACAAGGAGUUGAAGAGUUACUACAUGACCACAUCCCACAACAAGCAAAAACUAACUCUGGGGGAGGAGAAUUCGAUUUCCAAAGUUGCCACAAUAUUUGGAAUGGCCAGUUUAAAUAAAAAGGAGCAAUAUACAAAGAGGAAUUCAAAGGAACAAAAUGUUAUCCAUUCGCAGGAAAGAGAAAUGAACAGAAACUGUUCUCCAGAAGCAGACGGUGGACUUAACAAAUAGCUUGACCAUAUUUAAUAUACUCAAAGAACUAAAGGAAACAGACAAUUCUCACCAAAUACAGGAUAUUAAUAAAGAAAUGGGGAUUAUAAGUCAAGGAGUCAUAUACAAAUUCUGAAGUUGAACAAUACCAUAGAAAUGAAAGUUUCACUAAAGGUGCUCAAGAGAAGAGGCAAAAGAAUAAAUCAGAGAAUUUGAAGCUAGCUUGAUUGAACUGGUGUAGUCUGAGGAGAAAAAGAAAAGGAAGAAGAACGAACAGAGCCUAAGACGUCACACGCCAUGAGCACACCAGUGUGUAAUAAUGGGAUUCCCAGAGUGAAGGGGAUAGAGACAAGGACAGAAAGAAUAUUUGGAGAAAUGAUGUUCAAAUACUUUAUAUUUGAAAAUAAAAAGCAUGCAUCUAAUAUGCAAGGAGCUCAAACUCCAAGUAAAUGUGGAAAAGCUCUACAAGCAAAUUAUAAUGAAACUGUUGAAAGAUAAAGACUUUAAAGCAGCUAGAGAGAAGUAAUUUGACAUGUAAAGGAGUCCUCAGUAGGAUCAGUAACUGACUUCAUUAUGCAGGAAGGCAUUUUUAAAGCGCUAAAUAACUGUCAUCCAAGAAUUCUAUAUCUAGCAAGACUAUCCUUAAAAUAUGAAGAGUGUAGAGCAGUUUCAUCCACAGAAAAAGCAUGAGAUAGCCUAAAAAUCCCCAACAGGGCUAAUGAGUUCAAGUAUUUCUCCAAGCCACUCAAUAGAGAGAAAACAGAGGAUGUAAAUACAGCUUCAAAAGCAAAACAGCAACAAGACUCCAUGGAAACAAAAUAGCAAGGAAACAUGAUGUGAAAGAAAACUAUUUUCUAAUGAAUUUUAAAUUGCCUGACAAAGAAAAUAAUUGUUUUAAGGAAAUUCAGAGAGGUACAAAAGAAUAAAUAGUCAAGUCAGGAAAACAAUAUGUGGACAAAUAAGAAGUUCAACAGAGAAAGAAAUAAACCGAACCAAAAUUAUGGAGUAGAAGAAUACAAUGAAUGAAAAAAAGAAUAGAGUGUCAACAACAGACUAGAUCAAGCAGAAGAAUCUGAACUCAAAGAUGAAUCAUUUCAAAUUAUGUAGUCAUAAAAUUUUAAAAAGUCUAUGGAUUAUGGCACUAUCAAGCAAAACAAAUUAUGGGCAUAUCAGAAGAAGAAAUAGAGGCAAAAAGCUUAUUUAAAGAAAUAAUGACUGGACAAAUUUAGAAGCAAUUUGGGUAUCUAUGUUCAUGAAGCUUUUAACUCCUGAGAUUCAACCUGAGGAGGUCUUUAUUCAGAUACAAUAUUACAAAGCUGUCAAAAAUCAAGGUACUUUUGAAAGCAGCAGAGGAAACUCAUACAGGGAACUCCGUAAGGCUGUAAGUAGAUUUCCCAGCAGAAAUCCUGCAAACCAGGAGAAAGUAGGAUAGAAUUAGAAGGGGCCCUGAAGAGUGAAAACUAUUGAAAAAGAUGAACAAAUUUGGAAGGCUCACACAUCCUAAUUUUAAAACUUGCUACAGUGCUACAGAAAAAACAUUGGUACUGACAAGUACAGGUACCAAAUAUAGAUACUGGCGUAAGGAUAAAUACAUAGAUGAACGGAAGAAAAGAUGCAUAAUUCUUCAUGACCUUGGAUUGUGUCACUGUUCUUAGGUAUGACACCACAAACACAAGCAACAAAAGAAAAUAAAUUUGACUUCAUCAGAAUUAAAAGCUUGUACAUCAAAGGACAUUAUCCAGAGAGUGGAAAGACAAUCCGUAGAGAAGAUACUUGUAAAUCGAACACAAGGACCUAAUAUUCAGAAUAGAAACAGUUGUACAAAUCAUCAACAAAAAGACAAAGUCUUAAUUUAAAAAAUGGUUGUACUGGCUGGAAUUGUAUCCCCCCCCCCCAAGAAGGUAUGUUGAAGUCCUAAUACCAGUACCUCAGGGUGGCUUACUUGGAAAUAGAGUUGUUGCCGGUGUAGUUAGUUCAGAUGCGGUCAUACCGGAAUAAGGUGCGCCCAAAUCCAAUAUGACCUGAGUCCUUACACAAAUGCAGGCACAUGAGGACAGACAGGGAAGAGCCCAUAGGAAGAGAGGAUUGGCAUGAUGUAUCUAUAAUGCAGGCUAUGGAACACCAAAGAUUGCCAGAAAAACACCAGCAUCCAGGAAUAGGCAAGGAAGGGUUCCCAUGAAGAUUUCACAGGGAGCAUGGCCCUGCCAACACCUUGAUUUUGAACUUCUAACCUCCAAAACAUUGUGACCAUGUAUUUGUCACAUGUUAUCCAGUUUGUGGUGCUUUGUUACAGUGGACUGGAAAACUAAUACAGUGGGCACAGGACUUGAGUGGACUCUACAGCAAAGAUACACAGAUGGCCAUCCCAUGAAAAGAUGUUCAGUGUCAUUAGUUAUUAGGGAAAUGCUUAUCAAAAUCCCUAUCAGGUACCACCUUGUGCCCCGAGAAGGGCCAUAACUUAAAAAGGAAAAUAACAAGUGUUGACCAGGAUGUGGAGGGAAAGGGGACUCUUAGACAAACUGUGGGAAUAUCAAAUGAAUAAACUGCUUUGAAGACAGUUUAAUUGUUUUUCUGUCUCUAUGAAUUAAAGAUGUAAUUACCAUGUAACCCAGCAAUCCCACUCCUAGGUAUAAAGUCCAAAGAACUGAACACAGGUGGUCAAACAAACCAUAUGCUUAAAUGUACAUAGCAGUGCCCUUUAUCAUCACCAGCAGGCAGGACAACUCAAAUGACCAUCAGCUGAUGAGGGGAUAAGUGAAGAAUCUUGCUGAUGCAUGUUACAGCAUGUGUGAACCUGGAAACCACUAUGCCAAGUGAAAGGAGCCAAAUAAGGAAAUCCAUAGAGAGCUAGAAAGCAGAUGAGUGGUUGCCAGAAGCUUAGGGCAGGAGAAGGAUGAGAAGGGACAACCUAAUGGGUUUGUGGUGACGAAAAUAUUCUGGAACUAGGUUGUAUUGAUUGUUGUAUAACAUUGUGAAUGUACUUAAUGUUGCUGAAUUAUAGUGAAUAAAAUUGUUAAAAUGAUACAAUAAAAUUGUUAAAAUGA